CAAAACUGUUUUUGACAUUUCAAGCGCACACACACACAAAAUAACAUUAAAAAGAACAACAACAAUUAUAAUUGGUCAUAUUAUUUUUCAUACGUAGUGCAGAAAUUUUGUGAAAUUUUCUUAUUAGCAGCUGAGAAAAAACAGGAAUUUAAUUAUAUUUAUAAUAAAUAUUUAAACUUUUGUAAACAACGCAGUAAAUGUGAAAAGCAGCUUGGCAAUGCCCAUGAUACUAUUGAGUAAAUCUGAUGAAGAAUAUUUGCAAAAAUGUGCCACACAAAUGAACUUUGCCUAUGGCAUCAUUAUUGGCCAAAAAGCUGAACCGGGCAAAUAUGUGAUUGUUCAUUUGGCCAAAAAUGGUGAAGAGGAAAUUGAUUUUCCCGUCCUUAACCAGGAAGAAGGCGCCGCUUCUCAUGGUCCACAAAAAGUGGAAGAUAUUGAUUUGCAAGCCUUAUCGAAUCAAUGGUUAAGUGCCCAUAAAAUGAUUCCUGGUUCAUUUAAUAUAUUGGGUAUUUUUGUUACUGGCAUACGUAAGGAUCAUAUUGAUGAACAAUCUGAAGAAUUUAAAACUGCCAAAAGACUAUUUUAUGAUAUGCACAAUUUACUUAAUCAAUCCCAUCAAUUUAAAAGUACUGAACAUGAAAAUACUGAAUACUUAUAUUUGGCCUAUUCCAGUGCCUCGAAAAAAGCCAUCUGUAAAAUGUACAACUAUGUUACAAAUGGUGGCUCCUUUUCACCCAUGGAUUGUCGUUUUGUGGAGAAACCCUUCGAAUGGCAUACCUUUGAAAGCAGUUAUGAACUAGAUGAUGUAUUUCCCAUCUUAGAUUCGGACUCGGAAAAAAUUAAUAUAGAAACACAAUUUCAGGCAACAAUUGAAACAGUAAGAAAACACUUGGCAGCCAGUGAAAUUUUUAUACAAAAUGAAAAUGUAGAAAAUAAUCAAAUACUGGAAACGUAUGUCAAGCAAAAACGUCAAGGAGGUGGAAAAUUCCAAACAAAUGAAGAUGGUUUUAAAGCCACCAUCUAUUUACCUGUCAAGUGCCAAGCCAAUAAAUCGGUUAAUCCUGUACAAGUGAAAGAAUUCAAUGGUACCAUACGUCUGCAUGGAGUUAUUUCUUCUCGUGUGUGGUGUAAUCCCAAGAAUACACUGGGAGAUGUUAAACGUUUUAUUCGUGAAGAUAUUCUACGUUCUCUUAUGGCCCGCAUACAAGUGUAUUGCGAUGGUUUGACGGAACCUAAUAUCAGUAGUGAUGCCAUUUUUAUCUCUGAACCUCCUCGAAGAGUUUACUUUAAUGUUAAUACUUCUACUACGGGCUCAUCAGGCGCCAACAUACAAUUCUCCGAGUAUAUAUUCCGUGGUGAAACUCCCACAGUAGCAGCAGCUCAAGCAAAACAAAUACUCGAUUUAGAUAUUGCCACCUCUAGCAUAGUGGGUGAUGUCGAAAGUCUGCCCGAGGAUGACUCGUUUAGUGACACUUCUUUCGAAUUGCAAACGGCCAAACAGCAACUCUUAAAACUGGCGGAGGAAUCGGCCAGUAAAAGAGAUCUUACACGCACCAUGUAUAUGUUGGGCAUAUCGGUGGCUCUUUUGGUACUCAUCAUUUCCAUAGUCAUGCACUACUUCUUCAAAUGAGUGUUUAGGAUCUGCUGCAAUUGUUGUUGCUCUAACAAACAUCACAACAUGUUUUUAGGACUUUUUUGGAUUUUAGUUGUUGGUAAAAAUGAAUGUACGUUUUCGUUUUAUUAUAAAUAUGUAUUUAAAUCGUUUUUUAUUGCAAUUUUUUAUACUUAAUAAUUGUACUUCCUUUUUAUGUUUGUUUUUGUAUUUUGUUUUCCGAUUAUUAUAAUUUUUUUUUGUAUUUUUGUAUUGUAUAUUUAAUUUAUCUAUAUAUUAAACAUGUAUUUAAAGAAAAAACGAUUGUUUAAACCGACAAGGAAAAAAACGAAACAAAAAAUGUUUAAGCCAUUAUAUUGGUUUGGCAAAUAGUUAAACAAAAUAUUUAGAAACUAGUUAAAUAAAAUGAGAAUGAAAAAAA